GGACGCGAAAACACUACAGUGAUCACCACCACAAGCCUCAUCUGCUCCAUCCACCGGAAUUGACAUCCCGCGUUGUGCGUCGAUGAUACUCGCCGGCCUGCUCAGUUCCCAUAGACAAGUCUCGACCUUCUGCGACCGCUGUUCCUUCUCUGUCUUUUGCGCAUUCAUCGUCUUAUAAAUCGGCGACACGGGUCGCUCUCCAGCAGAGCGCGAUGGCUCCCGUUGCGAUGCUCCAGAGUAGGGCCAAUCCACCCCAGGCGUUCUUGUCCAGCUAUGCUCCUCGAUUGCGCUCCUAUGGCAAUGCUUUGUUAGCGCCCAUUAUACCUCAGACGUCGUCGCUACCAAUGCCACGUACCACGAAGAGAGGCACGACGGCAAUUAACUACGCUGAGGAUGGCUACGAUGACGACGACUUUGACAGCGAGGGGCCGCGCCGACCUACAGGCUUGAGGAGUUUACGCAGGGAAGACACACAGGCGGAGGCGGAGAAGGCGAGCGAGCGGGGCAGAGAAAUCUUUGCGCCCGUCGAUGUGCAGCCCAUUUGGCGAGAGUACAUGGGUAAAGCACGAAGGACGAUGACCGAGAAACAGGUCCAGACACAGGCACACCUUCCAUUAGUGCUUAUACCCAUCAAAAUCGACAUCGACAUUCAGCCCUGGCGGCCAGAAGCUCCCUUGCCCUUGCCACACAAUGCGCGCGAAAUGGGUAUUGACGAGACGCACCCGGCUUAUAAGACUCCAGAAGUCACACCCGCCUUUAGACUGAAGGACGCAUUCCUGUGGAACUUGCAUGAGGCUCUUACAACUCCGGAUGUGUUCGCAAAGACGCUGGUGGACGAGCUGGACCUGCCAGCAGACAGAAAGGUGGCGCUUAUCAUGCAAAUAAGCCAGCAGAUACGUUCGCAGCUGGAGGAGUACUCGCAGGCAGCGCUACAUCCCCUCUUCAACCCCACGACCACUCCUCAACCUGCAAAACCUACCAAUCCACAGGUCGCGUCACUUAGUCAGCCCGCUGCUGCAACAUCAACUCCACGAGACCGAUCUCACGCUUCCACGCCCGCUCCUUCCACCAGCAUGGCCGCAACGCCUCUCCCAAAUGGCACUGCUGACGGCGAUGCCGCCGACUCUAAAGCCGACGCGUCCCUCGAGCAACAAGCAGCCGCUGCAGAUGUGUCCGCGACUGCCGUUGCUGUUCCAUCUGAAAACGAUGUGCACAAUCCAGACGAUACAUAUCGUUGUAUCAUUGAGCUGCGCAUCAACCUGAUGAACAAGCUAUAUAGCGAUAAAUUUGAGUGGUCGUUGCUGCAUCCCCCAGGGUUUGCGGAGUCCUUCGCGCGCCAGACCUGUGCGGACCUUGGCUUGAACGCAGAGUGGGUCUCGGCAAUGGCGCAUGCCAUCUACGAAGCCGUUUACCGACUUCGCAAGGAGAGCCUUGAGAACGGGUUGCCAGGUGCGUGGGAUCUGGACACUGAUGCGGCCGAGGGUGUGGAGGCUGGAUGGCGGUAUGAGCCGGAGCGCCUAGCGCAGGAUUGGGCGCCCAUCAUCGAGACACUGUCCAAGGAGGAGAUCGAAAACCGCGAAAAGGAGAGGGAGCGCAACAUGCGCCGCAUGCGCAGGGAGACGAACCGAUAUGUCGCGCCGGCUGCGUCGCAGCCAAGCAACUACUUCGCUGACCCGACGGCGGACGACACGCCCAUGGGGCGCGGUGAACGGAGCAAGAAGAAGAGAAGAUUCCGGUCUCUUUCGCCGCUGGGGAGGGAUACGCCAGACACUGCGGGCGCCUACGGCGGCGGCACGAGCUUGACAGAAGCUGAAAGGCAGUUCUGGCGCUGCGAGCAUUGCCGCGUAUGGGGCUCAGCCGUUUGGGCUGUCCGCGAAGGACCCAACGGUCCACGCACGCUGUGUAAUAAUUGCGGGUUGCUGUAUGAGCGGAACGGCAAGUUGCCGCCUUGGAACAAGGACCUUUUCGCUUCAGAGAGGCCGGUCGGUUCUACGCGUUAGGACGGACAACAGUAAUUGCAAAAUCUUCGUAUUCUGUGGCUAGUCGAAGAUUUGGUCGGUCAAACUUAUCAUGCAUAACAGCGUUGGCGCUAUGUGGGUUUAAGGACUUGAGUUUUGUUUUCAAGAUCGGUCGGGAUGGGCUGUCUGUAACAUUAUGGCACCGGACGGAAUUGCGCUUCCAUGACUAUGUAUCCCAAUUGGCAGACGAUGGCACUAAAGAAAGGGCUUAGGAGCAGAGAAGGAAAUCAAAGAAGAUAAUCUUUGAUUCGUGUUUUCUAUAGUUUAGCUAUGUAUCGAUGCAUAUUUAUGUUAGGACUACAUGAGCAGCUGUUAGAACCUGUAUCUAUGCCUUGGAAUAUCAGCUUGUUGUGUUAGCGCUGGUCAUCUUAGACUGAUAAUCCCA